GAUUCGAAGCUCGAGUGUCAUCCGGCGCUUUUCGAAAUGGUAUGACGAUCGUGCGUCACGACGUCACGCGCGUUCGUGCCCAUAAGAGGAUGGUAGCUAUAGCAAAAUCAUCUAAUCGAUGGAAGUCGUGACACACACACCCACACGCACUUGUCGACCGACUUUGCGAACUUCUACUUUUCGAACAGAAAUAGUAUGCGGAAAAACGAACGGAGAUUCGCAACGAAAUAUUUCGCCCGCGCACGUGCGCGAUCCAAUGUCGCGAGAGUGAAAAUGGGGCUAUUGCGAGCGAUCGAUUCUUAGCGCGAAGCGAGUGCGGUUGUCCGUUGAUCUCUCGGAUCGUUGCUUCUUCUCUCUUUCGCGCGAGACGACGAUGAAACUUUUAUGAGGCCUGCCAUAGCACGACAGUAAUGAAAUGUCGACAUGAAGUCGCUCGUUUUUUAUGUCAUGUGCUUCGAGGGAAGGCAAAUGUAAUACGUACGAGAUUAUUUGACGAGCGGAUUAUCGGAUCAUUGGGGAGAAUUAAAAUUUGAACGGCGACACGGCAUCGAUAAGGGAAUAAAGGUCAAAACUCCGAAACGGGCGAAAUAAUUCUUCGAUUAGUCCGCCGCUGGAAAAUCACUAUAGUUUUCGGGAUCACGUUUGCGCAUAAAUGUAUGUACAUGCACAUUGAUGACCGACGCGGCGCGGAAUUAAAACCUGUGGAAUUUAAACUGGAACAAUCCAACGAGAGGUUUUAAAAACGUAAAAAGGCACAGAGGAUCGCAAAACAUCGCGCGAUGGGCAGAAAGCAGAAGCGCCGCCUGAUACCGGAACAGGACCGUCGGAUUUGCGGCAGCAUAUGCUUCUUCCAGCUCACCUUCGUCAUCAGCUGCGUGGCUUUGGUUUACCUCAGCGUAGCGAUCUACGCGCCAUCGUAUAGAGCUUUCCACGUUGGCAUCGAGCCGGAACCGGUGAUGUGCCAAACCGUUAACGCCUCGAUGGUGAAUAAUUGCGGCUGGACGAGUUGCGGCGAGUGGUGCUUGACGAAGACGAGCGGCUUUUGUCCCCAGUACCACGCGACCGUGAGACGUAAUGGCACCGACGUGAUUUUCGAAAAUUGCACCCAGUUCAGCAGCAUCGCGUGCCCGCAGGUGAAUCUGGGAAGCAUGAAGAGGUACAAUUGUAACAACGGCAGCGAGUGCAGCAUGUUGACGGGGGUGGUCAACUGCAGCCUCGGGCAUUGCUCGGACAUGAGCGAGCUGAUGCUCUGCCAUUACAAGGCCGACGGCGUCAUCAUCGACAGCGAGAAGGAUAAUAUGAAACUGAACGGCUUCUUCAGCUGCCAACACUCCAGAUGCACGAAAAUCAAGAACGCCUUCACCUGCGACCGUUACUGCCCGAACAUUACCACCAGCGACGUGAACGUGUACCUGAUGCAGGACGACAGUAUUAUAUCGGCCAGGUGCUCCCGCGGGAUGGCCUUGAACAGGGCGAACGGUAGCCUACCCGGUAUCAGAUUGGACAAGCCCGUUAAAAUCUGGGACGAGCGGAACGGCAGUAUCGUCGCGAGCUGCUUCGCCGUAACGAAGGACGGCAAUGUCAUCAGCACGGAGGACUGCCUGAACGGCACGCUGUUGGGCGAGAUUCCGAUCCUCGAACCGUUCAUUAACUUCACGAGCUUCCUGAAAAUUUAUGAAAAAAGCCUGCGGCACCCGGCGGAUCCCACGAACGCUUAUGUCCCGGCGCAGCAGUCUUUGACGAUCUACAAUAGCUCGCGGUUGUACAUCAAUCUCGAGCGUUGCGUCAACACUUUGAGAGGCGAGUGCAAACAGUUCCAGCUCACCCACGGCCGCGACGGCGAUAAUCAGACCGCGCAGAGCAGAUAUCCCUGUUAUUACAAUAAGAACAACUCGUUAUUCGUGGUUGCACGUUUCGAUCUGAGGAAGACGCGAAUGGAGCUGCUGAUCGCCAUUAUCGUGCCGGCCGGGCUGUUCGUCAUCAGCGUGAUCACCCUGAUUGUCAUUUCGCGAUCGGUGCAGGUGGGAGACGACGCGAAGAUGCGCUGCAGGUACUGCGUUGACAAGCAAGAGGUCCAGGGCGAGGACCAAGGACUCGUCGAGGCGACGUCCUCCGCGGCUCAAAGCCCGGCGAAUGAGAACGAGAUCAGAAGUAUGGCCCUUUAGCAGUACAAGCCGCUUGGCAUGGGCGGUACGCUGGGUUACGAAAGGUUGCCGUUGAUCGACAUGGACGAGGAUUCCUUUUAGAAAACGCGACACUUGGCUUUCAAGGGGUCGCCACACCGGACAGAUCCAUCCAAGAAGAAAGAUCUUGAGAAAGACAUUCUUUUAAAAAUCAAGUUCGAACAAAUUGACGUGUUAAGCAAAAGUCAGAUUCUCGGAUGGACAUUAACGUCGUCUUCCGGAAUGAGGUGCAGUCAAUUUUUCUACAGUUACAAUAAUCAUUGUAAUGACUGUGGGCGUCACAAUGAUGUGACUGAUGGUCGUGCUCGAGAUGGAAUUAAAUUCAAGUGAUCUCUGCCAAUGAAACUCAUCGAAAGUAAACCCAUUCGGGGUCCAAGUUAAUAUUAUUGACUCUCUAGUACUAUACAUAUGUCGAUCCGGAUACAUUUACAUGCUCACUGUUGCCUUCGAUGUAUCGCUAUCACAUUGUUUGCGCGCAAGACAAAUGGAUUGACACUGGCAUCACAAUCGUCGAUAGCUUUAAGAUUUUGCCUCCAAAUAUACUUAGGAUACUUUCAUUAAAGUACAUGUGUGACACGCGAUUGUUUGCUGCCGCCGUGUUUUCACGAAUGAUAUCUAACAACGGUCGCGUCAAACAAUCGUCCCCGCGCGAUGUGCGCGGAUAAAGAAAUAUGGACCGCUCAUUAAUCAACGAAGACAAAGCGGAAUAAGUGACGGAACGAAUGGAUUAACGCUGAGGUAUUCACCGCAGUACUUCGCGAAAACACCCAUUUUUUUACGCGGUAAUCGCAAUCCUCGCGUAAAACGCGAAAUAAACAAGCUUAUUUUCAUGUACAACGUAUAGGAUAACACGGCGAUUUAGCGCUCGUUUAAUAUUCGCUUGUCAACGAACGUGCAUUUAUAUUUUUUCUACAUCCACUUUUUGUGCUACACACCGUAGUUAACUUCGUAUUACUAUGAUCAGAUACAUCUAAUACCGCUGGUGAAAACAUUCAAUGCGAUUUCCUAUUCCCGAUACGCGAACCCGAGUACUACGACUGCCUAAGCGUAAAUUAUAUUGUGUACAGUGUAUUGUGCUACGUACUUGUGAUACACGAGUAUUAGUACCUUGCGAUGUAAAUAUAUAAAUAAUAUAAUAUAGCAUAACAUGUUAUAAUAACGUAAUAUAACAUGCUUUCAGCGAGACAUUUAUAUACAUAUUCGUGGUGAUGGACAUUGCCUCAAUUUUCGUGCCAGUUUCGUGUCAGCGUGUGUUUCGAGUCAAUCAAAAAUGCAUCAAAAUAUAAUCCGUCGUAUAAUAAAUCGUUGAGAUACUUGAUACAAAUAACAAAUAUUAGUGGUACGAAUUUUUAUAACAAGAGAUUGUAAUAACGCAAUGCGAUAAAAUUAUUUUUCGUUUUCCAUUUUACUGCAUUAAUUUCACACUUUUGCUCUUUAUUACAUUUUUCUUGCUAAGAUAAAAUAAUCUUUUUUUCAGAUAAAUAAUUACUGCAGAAAGUCAUAAUUUAAUUUCCUAUCUGAUCUUCAUUCUCACAACGAUUUAAUUUCAUAUCUGAUUUUCAUUCUCGCAACGACGCCAGUUAUUGAUUAUUUUAUUUCGUUAGAAACGCUUUAGUUUAUAACCAAAACCUAAGAAAGAAUUGAAAUAUACACUCGCAUAAAGCAAUGUAAGAUACCGAUUUAAAAUAGUUAAUAAGUUAAUAUAAUCUCACACACGUAACUACACAUGCGCACGCAAGAAGAGAAAUUAGCUAGAAACAAUGAGGCAGCAAGGAAAAAAGACUUUUCUGAUGUCACUAUACUCUAUGUGCCUUCUUCCGCUUUCGAUGGAGCCAAUAAAAUGUACCUACCAACAUCCGCGAGAACUAAGAGACACAGGAAGUAACUCGAAGGAAACAACCCUUUCGGAAACGAAUGUCGCAGUUCUGUUACUUCUGUUCCGUGAUAAAAGUAGCGGAGUUCCGGUUAGUACAUAAAAGUCUAAUCUCGCGUGUAUUUCUUUCUAUCUGGAGGUCAUUAGAUUGAUCAUGUAGUCGUAGGAGCAAUGUGAUCGACGUACGAUACUUUGACGUUGAAAACGGGCGAAGAGGUAGCUAAUGAACCAAACGAACGAUUGCAGUAAUUAGCGAAGCGAUCAUCGAAACGAUCUUUAAGGAACACCGAUUAUAAGGGAACAAUGCAAGACUAGUAGUUGGCAAAUGAAUAUACGAUUAUGCAAAUGACGAACAAUUGUAUUAUAUAUGAUUAAUUAUCUGUCUGACUAGAGAAAGGGCUAAUCCUCUUUGUAUGUAUAAAAUUAUUGCUGAUAGCUUAGUAUAUAUGUAUAUAAGUAAUACAAUUCUGUGGUAUGCCUUCAUGUCAAAUACAUUUGUGACAUAUAUAAAUGUGCCGACUAAAAUAUUAUUUCUCUUUUUUUAAAAUAAAGUUUCUUCAAACGUA